UGCAGUAUGUUGGAAUUGUAAUUCUUAUAGCAAUUUUCAGUUUCAACGAAUUAGCUAUAAUGGAAAAAUAAAUAAUUUAAUUAAACUAUUUUUAUAGUGUGUUUAUUUAGCUUAAUUAUUUAUUUGAAAUGUAAUUAACUACAAAAAAAAUUUGAGGAAAGAAAGUAUUUAUUUCUCAUCUUUUGUGUUGGUGAUUUAAAAAAUCAUGGGUACACAGUGUUCAGUUAUUCAGAUUCAGAAAGAAGCACCAUUAUUUAAAAACAGCCCUGCUACUGAAGAUGUGAAUUACAAAGCAAGACUAGAGCACAAACUGUGUGUGGCUAAAGAAAAUCCUGAUGAAACAUUUGAUCUUGCAGGUUGUAACCUAACUGAGGUUCCUCCUGGAGUAUUUUCAAUGUGCAGAGUGUUCAGGAAAAAAGUGCUUCUUCUUCAAGACAACUGUCUGACAACCUUAAAGGGGGGAGGAGUACUUGACGAUCUGCAAGAAUUGAAGGUGCUGAAUUUGAAUUACAACAAGAUUAAGGAACUUCCUGAAUGUUUUUCCUGUUUGAAAAAAUUAAAGAUAUUAAAUCUUAGAGGUAACAAGCUUCAAUAUCUCCCAUCUGUGAUAUGUAAAUUACCACAGCUACAAACUCUUGAUAUAAAGGAUAACCAGGAACUUCACCUUCUUCCAAAAGAAUUAUCACUGGUUCAAACUUUAAUAACCUUGACUUUAGACUGUGAUCAAUAUUCAUAUCCUCCCACAGAUAUCUGUAAAGAAGGUACUACGGCCAUUUUGAAGUUUUUGAGUUCAGAAAAUGGAACAGAGUUUGUUUCACCUCAUCAACAUAAGUCAAGUAUUUCUGACUCCCUAGAAGUUUACGAUGAUUGUACCUCCAUCCAGAAUAUUAUGUCAUCGUGGUCUGAGAAUAACCUUUUUGAGAAACGAAAACAGGAUCUUCUCCAGAUGGAAGAAGCUGUAAGACAAACACAAAAAAACCAGGCUCAAGCUGUUGCUGAAACAAUUGAGAGGAGAAUGAAACUUUUGGAGGAUGUAGCUAAUGAACAAGACAGAAUUCAGAAAGAAGUCGCCCUGAUUCAAGCUAAAAAAGAAAGAGAGAAACAGGUUCUUUUAUCUUCCUUAACCAUGUUGGAAGUCCACUCUGCACAGCUCAUAAACCAAAUUCUUAAUUUUAAUGAAAAACAUACCACCCAAGAACAGCUUAUAGAAGUCAUGAAGAGAGAAAGGCAAGAGACAGAAGAAUUACUUAUGUUAAGAAAAGAGGAGCAAGAAAAUCUCUGCAAAAAAGAUAUUCUUGAAUCAAUGAGGGAUAUGUUAAGAAAGGAAGAAAAACAGAAAAUGUAUGAAGUUAGUAAACAAGAAAUGAUGAGAAAAAUGCAUAACAGUUUUACUUCCUCUGACGAAAAGCUACAAGAGUUAAUGACAGUUCGAUACCAAGAUCAACAGGCUUUGCUGUAUGAAAUGCUUGAAGAGGAAUGUUACCAGAAACAAGCAUUUGAAAUUCUGCAACUACAGCGUGAUAAAAAGAACAGAGAGUUUACUCAGAAGAUAAAGUUGGUGGAGAAAGAACUAACUAAGCUUACUGGAGUAGAGUUGAAGAAAAAAGAUCUUAAAGUUAAUUUUGAAAUGAACACAUUGGCUGAAAAACGAACAAUCUUAGCUCAUCUUUUGUCAGAACUUUAUAAACAACAAAAUCAAAGAAAAGAAGAAUUAAAAAGAAGAAUAAAUGAAAUGGAAGAAAGGCGAGCAGCUGAAGUGCAAGAUUAUUGGUUGAUUCAGUUUCAGAGACUCUUAGACCAAAAACCUCAGGAACUUAUAUACAAAGAGUUAAACAUGGAUCCACAGGUGAAAGAACUACUUACAAAUGCAGGGGCUGUAGAUUAUAUCACUUUGUUUGCUACAAAAGAGAUCUCAAAAGACAAGCUCAUCAGCAUGACAGAAAAUGACUUAAGUAAGCUGGGUGUAACCAACAAUAGUGUUCGUGAAGCAAUCAUGAAUGUCACUUACAGAUACAACACAGAAAGAAAAACAGAUAAAGAAUUGAUUACUGAAGAAGAGAACAGACAACUCAAACACAAAGAAAUUUCAAGUGAACUUUUGGUACAAUCAGCUGAAGGAGGAUCUUUUGAACCUGUCAUUCCAUCAGCUCCAACUCUUACACAGAAAAAUGUGCAGCUGUGGACAAACACUGAGUGUGUGGUGUGUUUAGAGAGUGAGAGUGCUGUGAUCUUCUUACCUUGUGGUCACGUAUGCUGUUGUUGGACUUGUGCUGAACCUCUGGUUAACUGCCCAAUGUGUCGCAGUUAUAUUCAAAACAAAUUAUUUCUUGGUGGUUCAUAAAACAUAAGAUUGCCACUACACUCUUGUUCCAGUAAAACCAUCUUGUAAGCUUUAAGCUCAACUGAUAUGACUGAUUUUGUUGUUAAGUUUUUUUUUAAGGUGUGUUGCAUUAUGUUAUUUAUUUUCAUGUUCAUAGUUUGAUAUGUUUCUUAUAACUAAAAUAACAACACUUCAGUGAUCUAUUUAAACAUUUAGUAUAUUUAUCACAGUAAAAACUACUUAACUUAUAUUGUUCCUAUAUUACAUUGUAAUCAUUGUUAGAAUAAAAUGUACAGCAUUAACUAUAUUACACAGAGAGUUCAUUGUGUCUACAGAUUUGUCAUUUUUCCUGUUUUUGGAGGUUCCUGAUUUCUUCCCUCUAACUUUUGGCCAAAAGUUCCUGACUUCCCUAAUUUUUAAUUUGCAUAUGAUUAAAAGUAUAAAACACUGCUCAAAAUCAGCCUUGAAAUAAUUUCAGGACAUCUAAUAUCCAAGAGGUUUUGGUGCCUCAGGUAGGCUCCAACCUCUGACUUAUGGUUUGUAUUAAUGAAUGUAUAUAUUAACUUUCAUGUUAAUUAGGAACAUCUUUUUAACAAUCAUAUUGAACAUAAAUGCUGUGAGAUCUCUUUAUGUGGAUGAUUCAAGCUUCAUUCAUUCUUUUCAUACAGCUUGAAAGAUUGUGACUGCUUGGAAUUCUAACAUUUUUUAAGAUGUUUUCCUUAAAAAUUUGACAAUUCCAAAUUUUUGUGAAGAGAUAUCCUUGUAAACCUUUGCCUUAGUCCAGUCUUAUAUUACUAUAAACAAAGUAUUUUAUCUAUUCUAUGCUGUACCUGAAAAAAGACUAUUCAUAUGUACAACUAAAAGAUCAAGAUAUGAAAAUGUUUAUUUCUUUCAUAGAAUGCCAUGUAAAAAAGUUUUUUGUUUAAGUACGUUAAUUAUAAAAGGAUGUCUGUAAUAGCCAGCUCUGUAGACACAUCACUGUGAGUGUUAUUAUUAUUUUUCAUAACAACACCCUAUGGGUAUAAUAUUGAAAUAAUAUUUUUAAAUGUUCCUGUAAUUUCAUUGUUGACUCCUGAAUUUUUCUCCAUCUUGUUCCUGGUUUCUUUAUUUUUUUCACAAACUCUGUAGACACAUCACUGUGAGUGUUAUUAUUAUUAAAGAUAUCUUGAAGGAUAUAAUGUAUGUCUAUUGUUGUAACAAACACCAAAUCUCAUUAAUGAGGCUUGUUUUACAAAGUGUAUGAUACAUAUAGAAGACAUGUAAAAACAGGUCAUUAUAAUCACAACUUACCAUAACAUGACUAUUGGCCUGCUACAGUAAAGUAAUCAAGUUGCCCAACUAAAUUUUUGCAACUAUUAAAAUUGAUGAAAAAUAGAAGAGGUGAAUAUAAUAUUAUAUAUGGAAUUUUGAGUCUGUCUUACUUCAAGAAAAGAAAUAUUUAACAUGUAUACAAUGAAUAUAAUAUUGUUUUACAAGUCUGACCAUCCAACAAAUAAAACAAACUAUAAAAGUCCUUGAUUAUCAUCAGUUGCCUUCAGCAUUGUUAAUGUUGUAUUAUUCUAUUUCUCAUAAACAACAAUUUAUUUGAAUUUAUGAAACUUGUUAAAAAUAUCUUGCUUUGAAUAACAAAUACUGAAAAUAUUCCUGCGUGGAAACAGUUACACAUCCAUUAUUUCUUUCAAUGGUCCAUCAGGUUUUGCUUGUCAUGUAAUUAACCUUCUUUUAUUUAGUUUUUUUCUUAUUUCAGGAAUCUUUAUUCUAUAUACUUCAGGUAGAAAUUAAUCACAGUUAAAAGAAUAAACUUAUAUAUAUGAAUAAAGUUCAGCUUCUAGUAUAUA